CGCGCGCGCGAACCCGCAUGGGCCUUGUCACUAAGGGGAGGGGGCCUGGGGCGCGCGCAGCUCCCACGCCCCAGCUCUGGCCCCUCUGCGGUGUCUGUGCGAGGACCGCACCGUGGUGACCCCGAGGUCCUGAGAACAGGUGCGGCAUCGCCACAGCGCGGGUGUGCCGGCUGCCCAGGGCGCGCGCGGGGUUCGCCGCGAGAACCACGUGGGACUUCUGGCCAACUGCUCACAAAUAAGGACCAUCUGGGCCACGGACCGGGCUUUGCAAUCAGUGGGCACACCUGCCCCUGAGCUGGCCCCUGCCCCCCGCCCCGUCCUGCUCCCUCGCUUCCCGAAUCUAGUCACAAGGCGGUGACCGCCGUGGACCUGGGCGCUGUGUCUUCAAGCCAACACGGUCCCGUUUCUGACCGUCCUGGUUGCCAUACCAGGAGCCCUGGGAGAGGAUGAAUUCCUGUGGAGUUCCGGAUGACGGACAACCAGACAUGGUGGUCCAGGAGGGUCCAUAUCGCACCUGGAUACUGGGAGACAGGGAAGCGUUGGAGGGCCAGACCUAGGCUGAAUCAGCACUCCCCAGGUGCUCUAUCGCCUGGCAAGGGCAGCAGCCCUGUCCCUACAGGUACGUGUCCCCACGCACGUGGAUUUGGGCUCCUGACACAUACAUAGGUCCCGGUCUCAGACCCCUGCCCUGAUGCUUUCGGGCUCUGUGAUCUUGGGCUCAUCACCCGGCCUCUCUGGGCCUGUGUCCUCACCUGCAAAGUGGGAGUGGUUCGGGGGGUGGGGGGGGAAGUCCCUGAGACCGUUGGUAAGGGGAGCUUGGAACACAGUGCCACUCGGGCGGUGCCCCCUGCUGUCACUGCUCACAGUGGGGAGCUGUCCCCGGGCCCAGCUUGCACCUUCUGAGCCCCAGAUACUGAGCAGACCAGGUCACAGGUCAGAGAAGCAGGUGACUCCCUCACUCCCCUGGGAGAGUUCCACCAGCUCUGCCCAUCGGGGCGUCCCUGACCCCCCACGCCUCCUCCCCCCUGCCCUGCCCACACUCUGUCCCCUACGGUGCUGGCCGCCCUCCCCAGGACUGUACGUGCAGACGCAGCGAAGGCACAAGGGGAAAAGGUGCUAAGCCCUCUUCCCAGGGUCCCGAGGCCGUGGUGAUAGGGCUUCGUGGCCCUGCUCCUACUCACCUCUUCAGUAUGCCCAAGGAACCUACGGCCACCCGGAUUCCGGUGAUUUCGUAUUCAUGGUCUCUGGGUGUGCUGAAGUAUUUGCCUCCUCCGCUCCCGUACAUCUCUAGAUGGAUGAAGGGACGGGGUCAGGGAGAGGAGAAACCCAGACGCUAAUAUGUGGCUCAUCCCUGCCCCGGACCGGGUGCCGCCGUGCAGGGACACGGCAGGGUCCUGAGACUAGAGUCAGUCUGCGGUCAGGGCCGGGCCCAGACCCGGGGCCUCCCGGAGCACGCAGGCGAGGGUGGCCGCUGGGACCAGAGGGCGCACACCCGCCAGACUUACGCGCUGCCAAGCAGGUGCUCCACAGGAGGGUGAGUGUCAGCCUCAGCAGCAUGGCUUCUGGAAGGUGAGUCCCAAGGCCCCUGGAGAGAAGAGAAGGACUCGGAGAGGAGCCCCAUCCGGCCCGGCCAGGCCCCGUCGAGGGGCGCAAACACAGCCUUACCUGGCGGGGAGAGUCCUGUGGCCCAGUCCCGGUCCUGCGGAGUCUUGCUCCUGGACACUCCGCCUGGCCCUAUAUACCCUCCCCGUCCCUGUGGGCCUCCGUCCAGAAGGAAGGAACAAGGGCCACCGGGGGGAAGAAGGAGCUGGGCGGUGGGGGCUCUUCCUGGGGGAAUCCCAGAGCCAUUCUGCAGGAGCCUUCCGGACACGCUGUGUUUAUUGUCUCGGCCCCACGGCCUACACAAACAAGAUGGGACAGUGACAGGUUUUGUCUGUCGCUUCUGGGUCUCUCUCCCCAGCACGUAGACUAGAGCUGCACUUCAGACGUGGGGCGCUUUGCUGAGAGCCCUCCCCAGCUGGGCCAGAAAGGUGUCCACCCCAUGGGGGAGCUGCCCUCUGGAAGCCCACAGAAGCUCCCUGGGGCCCGGGCGUCCCUGCGUGGUGCACAACCCGGCUCAGGACCUUAUCCAGGCCCGCGUGGAGCCUGCGGUCCCCUGGGCUUCCCCGGGCUCAGGCUGAGCUCCCUGUGACCCUCGGAGAGCUGGGCUGUGUGCCUGGUGCCAGGUGGGAGAGACCCCAGGGGCUGGCCCUCCACGGCCUGUCACCUGGCAAACAGCGCCAGUGUUUGCUUUGUGCAGGGAACGUGUGUGGCUGGGACGGGCUGGCCUCAAGGGGCCUCAGGCGGACCGGACGGCAGAGGUGACGGACUCAGGCACGGAUCGGGGAGAGGGGGGUUCUCCAGGCCAGUGCCCCCAACGGCCGCUGGGGUCAGGCCGGGGUCAGGCUUAGCCGGGAGGUGACGGUACUUGUCCGGGGCUGGGGUUCUGAGGCCCCUGCUGCUGCCACCGGUCCAGGCUCCCUGUGACGGGUUGGAGCUGAGGCCAUCAGGGCCUCCACCCUUCGAGAAAAACCACCGGGUCGCGGUCAUCAACUCGGGAGGGGGCGCUGGAGCCACACGGCGUCCAAAUCUCAGCUUCCCUGCUUCCUGGCAUCCCGUCCGGGGACCUCCCGUCACCCGAGUGCCGCGAUUGUGCCAUCUGAUGUCUGUGCAGGGGCCCAAAGACUCACGCGUACCGCCAGGCGUACGGGGUGGUUCUUGGCCGCCUCCUUUGAAAUUGCAGAAUAUCAGGAAAAACACGCUGGUGCCUUUGGUGACGAAUGACAGACGGGACAGUGUCGUCAGCGGUGGAGUUCUACACGGGCACGAAGAAGGCAUGGGGCCGCUCCCGCGGCACUGCUCCUCGGCCCCAGGAACCAGUCUCGGUAGAAAGCAGGGUGUUGGGGAAGGCUCCAGUAGGUCACAAGAAAAGGGGUGCGAAGAAUGGCCUCGCGUGUGCGCUGACCCGCUCUGGAAGGGCCGCUCACCUCACUGGGAUCGCUGGGAUGGUGGUACUGGAGGGUGGGGGGGGGGGGGCCCGUCUACCCGGCACCUCCUGCAAUUACAGCAGGUGUCUGGGCCAGGGGUUCGCGGACUGAGGCCCGAAGGCCCCAUCCAGCACGCCCGCCCCGCCUGUUUUAGCGCGGCCCAUGAGCUAGAGCGCUUUCUCCGUUUUGAAAUACUUAGAAAACCAUUGAAACGAAGAGUAGCACGCGAAAAUUCUACGGCAUUCCAGUGCCGUUGCCCGCAGAUAACGUUAGGAGCACACAGCCAAGGCCAUUCAUUUGUGUAUCGUCUGGGGCUGCUGUCACCCCACAGCAGCAGAGCCGAGCAGUUGCGACAGAGACUUUGUGACCCGGAAAACCUAACACGUGCGAUCUCGGGCCCUUCACCCACAAAGUCAGCCGAUCCCGGGUGGGUCCCCGUUGCCCGCCCUGGAGCAGAGGCAGCCUCGUCCACAGCCAUUCCCAACCCGCCUUCGGAGCCCCUCUCUGCUCUGGCCUUGGCCCUUCCUUGCGGCCCUGCACCCGUCUCCCUCGGGAGGCCCCUUGGGGCUCAGGCCCCUGCUGACUCAGGUUGGGAGGUAAGGGCUCCCCGACCCGUCCUCCCAAUGCUCUCGCCGCUCCCAGGGGCAGUCAGGCCCACAGACGGGGCAGGCGUGGGGCGGAGGGCACGGGCAGCUGAGCCCGUCCACAGGCCCCCAGAACCUGCAGGGGGGGGGGGCCGGGGGCGCAAUAGGCCCGGGCGCCCGGCAGGCACAGCUCUGGAGGAAAGGCCUGGCGGCCACACAAAGGGGACUCUGUUCUGAUCCUGCCACAGCCGCUGGGCGCUGUCGAAGGUUUUGCUGCCAAUUCACGUGCCAGGCUGGCUGGGCUUCGCGCCCAGAGGAGGGUCCGUGUGGACCGGAACUCCGGGAAGCACCACCUGGGGUGGGGGCUGGGAGAAGAGCCGGCCGCUGCCCAGACGACGGGGGUGACAGCACGGGCCCGAAAGCGCACGCAAGGUGCGCGUUCAGAGUGCGUGAACGUGCGCUCACAUACGGAUGCGUCCUCCCCACGCACCGGGGUUUGCACACGGCCCGCACACACACACACACACACACACACACUCGUGCACACGUCUUUCAGAAGGUCAGCCCUGCCCCCUCAGCUACCUGCCCAGCGCGGCCCUGGGGAGACUGAACACACGCCCUUUGUCCCUGGGGGUGGGGGCAUUUGCAAGGCCGUGACCUCAGCCUGCCAGGAGCGGGACACGGGGACUUCUUGCAGCAGGGGUGGGAGGUUGAGUCCGAUCUCCCGGCCCUCUGGUGCGGGGCCGGGGGGCACCGCUCUGUGCCCGCAGCCUGAGGCACAGAGGACGAGAAGGCCUCAAUGCCCGCUGAUGCCACGCUCCGAGCUGAGCAUUUUUCUCCACUCUGCCCGGAGAAGCUGAGCGCUUUUGGUGGAACGCCGGGACACCCGAGCGCACGUUUUGUCUCCUCUUUUAUGGGAUUAAAAUCGCGCUAGUGCGAGUGUAGAAACAAAGACGGACCAUCCCCAAGCGUCAACUCCAGGGGGGGCAGGACAUCCAGGCUCCGAUUCCCCGAGGCCGUCCUGGCACACGUGUGCGUGACCCGGUGCAUCGGUCGGCUGCGGCUGCUGUGACAAACAGCACGUCACCUCCCUCGGGCCUCGCCUCCAAGGGCCAUCGCGCUGAGGGUGAAGGCUUCCGCACAUGAAUGGGGACACGCACACGCAGUCCACAGCCCUGGUCGCCGUGUACCCGAGACUCCCCUGGGGCUGGCACCCCUCCCCCACUGCUCUCCUGACCUCCUCCCAGGGCCCUUCCCGCUGAUGGCACCGCUGACCUUGUGGGCUCAGCACGCUGCCGGCCCCGGGACGUCGCUGCUGCCCGAGCUUCCGACCCGCCCACGUUCUGAGCCUGCUCUCUGCUGCCUGUGUGCCGCCACUCCGGGCCUCCGUCUCUUGCUCUGUGGACGGGCCCCUAACGGAUGCCCCUGCGUGAGGUCGUGAGGCAGAAGAGGACAGUGUGCGGGUCUCAGCAAUCUGUCUGUGUUCCUGAGGACGCGGUCAGAUGGCGCCCCCUGUCCCUUUCGGUAUCAGGUGCCGGGGCCCCAUCCAACUGGUUUUUGAAUCACGCGCUCGGCUCCUUCCCCAGGAUGGUCGAGCCCUCCCUGUGUGGGCUGCCGAGGGCAGGAGCCCCGUGGGGGCGUCUCUGGGCUGGGGGGCCGCCUCCCGAUAGCGAGCGGACGCCAUCCACACCGCACCCACGGGAGGGCCCGGAGCUUCCCAAGACCAUGGCUCUCCACCAAGGACAGGGGGUCCGAGUGGACCCGGGCAAGCUAGAGUCUUCCAAGUAUAAAGUCAGCAGACAUUCUCUCCAACGUUUUACUACGCAAAUAUUGGAGCCUGUUACAAAGUGGAAAGAUUUUCACAGCCGACGCCUGACCUACUCACACUCGGCCAAUUACCAUGUUAUUGUUUUUGCCCCGUCGUGUCAGUGGAUGUCCGUGUGACCGGCCGGCCACCCCGCCGCGGGGUCCCGUUCUGGAUGCACUGAAACAUGACAACCUCAGCUGCAGACCAGCGCCCCUCCUCUCAGACACCACAUCACGCGUGUCACGAAGGAGACCUUGUAUGGUGCUACCCCCCCCCCACUUUGAAGUACGGUUUUCAUGCAAGGGAAUCACAGAUCUGGAAGUGUCUAUUCAUGGGGUUGCGACAGACGCACGUAGCCCUCUCAGCCAGGCCUCUUUCCGGCCACAGAGCGCGCCGUCGCCCCGGAAAGCUCCCUCCUGCUGUUCCCCACCUGUCCUCUCGCCACCGGGCAAGCCCGGCCACAGCAGACAUUCUUGACCUCGUGCCGGUGUAGGCGCAUCGAGGGGACUAUCCACUGUUUAGGGAAAAGAAUGGGUGAUGAAAUUAAUCUGACCAGGAGCUCCCAUGGUAGGUUGAGUUCAUUUAAAUACGCACCAGUACAUACCUGUGGGAACCCUGGUCCCAGUGUGAAUACAAAGUCACAAAAGUUAACAACCUUUGCACCAACGAGGACGUGAGGAACAAGAUCGGGAGGGACAACACCGGCUUCCCGAGUGUCCUAACAAAUGACCACGUCUGGUGGCUCAAGACAACAGAAAUGGAUCCUGUCCCGGCGCCGGGGGCCGGGGGCCGGCAUGCAGGCACCUGCUGGCCGCCGCGCGCAGCCCAAAGUCUCUGCAGAACGUUCCCUGCUUCUCCCAGUUGGUGGCGGGCGCCUCUUGGCUCCUAGCUGCACCCCCCGAGCUCAUCUCUCCCCCCGCCCCACGGGUGCCGUUCCCCCGUGUGUGACUUCUCUUUUUCUCUCUCCUGACAGCUCUUAAACUGCUUUCUACCCAAGAUAAUCCCAAGAUCUCUACCUUGAUCACGUCUGCAAAGAAAGGCCCUGUUCCCGAUACGGUCACAUCCGUUGUCCUGAGCGGACAUAUCCUUUUGGGGGGCCACAAUCUAACCCGUUACAGGGCAUCAACCGGUCAGCCUGAGGCCUACCUGGGAGCCUCUCCUGAACCCCAGACCCACUGCCCCCGACGUGCAAGUGGCCAGAACCCCACCCCCAGGCCCCCUGAGGCCCUGGCCCCCAUCCACCCAACUCCAUCUGCCUCUCUCCGGUGAGAGGCCCCUGCCGUACAGCUGGGGCGCAACUCUCUCAGAGAAUCAUUCUCUUUGUAAACAUCUUGCUGUUCUCUGGAGUCUGGAGGUGUCUGGGGGGAGCAGGCACGUGUGUGUCCAGGUCCCCGCCCGGCCCCACCCUACCUAUGCUUCCUCCUGCCUGCCCUCGAACCUGCCUUUCCAAACAGACUUCUGGAACAGUGUUCGAUCAGAAAAACGGCUAUUUCCAGAGGGUGGGGUUUAGGACCUUUUUCGACUUCUCCCCUGUCCUUUGUAUGGCUUUGAUUUCUUUGGGUAAGACUGGACCGCUCCUACAAAAACAAAAUGAUGACAUUUUUAAAAAUUGGGAUGCUUUUUUUUUUUAACCUAUAAGCUUACCAAGGCCAUAGAAGUGGAAGCCCUCAGCGUCAAAAACACUGUAGGAAAUAGGCCCCUCUUACUGUGUUGGAGUCUUUCUCGUGGUUUAGAAACCUUUGAAAACAGGAAGCCUGUGUGACCAAAGCACCCAUGGAAAAGUUAGCCUAAGAAAUGAUUAGGAGGGUGCACCGAGAUUUAUAAAGAUUUACAUGGAGGUGCUGUUCUAUUUUUUUUUUAACCUCACGUAUUUAUUUCAGGGAGAGAGAUAGUGGGGAAGGGGCAGAAAGAGGGAGAGAAAAUCCCAGGCGGGCUCUGCCCGGACACUGCUGAUGCAGGGCUCGAACUCAGGAACCAUGAGGUCACGGCCAGAGCCGCAAUCAAGAGUUGGACGCUCAACGGACUGAGCCACUCAAGCGCCCCAGAGCUCUUUUCACAAACAAGUCUGGUUCCGCAAUCACAGAGCCACUUGGCCCGUGAUGGUAAACGGCCGUCCCGGCAGCGCAGCGGCGUUUGUCAGGCGGGAACCAGCAGCCCCGGGCAGCGUGUGACACAUCUUCAAGCUCCCGACCGACCGCGGCUCCUGCACAGGAAACCAGCCUGCUCUGUGGGCAGACGCUCUGCGUGCGAGGCUUUGCACCUGGCCUUCAGACCGGGGCAGGGACAGACCUCCUGGGGGCGGAGAGAAGGGGUCCGACACAGAGGCUGCUCAGGCUGGACACGGAAUGGGGCACACGGCAACGGGAGGCAGGGGGCCAGGGUCCUCCUCCCACGGAAACAAGUGUGUGCAAACUGUGUUUCAGGCACCUGAGGUCCCCUGCACCCCUGCAUUUCCGUGGGCCUGCUCGGUGAGCAAACAUCCAACGAGGAAGCAGCACUCGGUGCCCUUCCGUCCCCUGCAGGGAGCGCCAGGCGGUGUGGACGGGGCGGCCGCAGCUCGCCAGGUGCCCCCUUGUGGCAGAGAGGGCACACGGCGGAGACAGGAGCUGAAAGACCAGAAGCCACCUGAUCCCGGGAUCCUACAGGAGGGGGCAGAGGGCGGGACUGCCAGAACCCAGCUGGGCCCAGAGACACGGGGCAGCUUCUCACACGUCUCUGGUGAAUCUCCCCAGUCGAGGGUUCCACGGGAACCCUCAGUUCACUUCGGGAA